AUGACUGAUCACAUCUUCCCCCCUUGGCGCUUGGAUCAGUGGAAGGCUGUGGACGAUCGUGUGCGAGGUGGAGCAUCGACAUCGCACCUCGACACUGUGGAAAAUCUGGGACGUGCUAGCUCGUCUAGGGCCAGAUUCUGGGGCCACCUGGACAUCGACACUCUCGGCGGAGCUGGAUUCGCCUCUCAGCGAUUCGUCUUUGGACCUGAGCCGCUACAUCUACCCCGGCACCUUUUCAAGGGUAUAACAAUAGACAUCGUCGAUUCUGGAUCAUCCCUUAGGAAAAGUUCUGUUCAUACGUAUACCCUCGUCCUCAAAACCAGUCUUAGCAAUCGGACGCAGCCUCCGAACGUCCCUCCCAGCCCUGAGCCUGCAUCUCUCUCCUACGAGGCCAGUUUCACCGUCGGUGAACCGUCUUCCUUGGGCUCAAAAACACGGUCAAUCCAUCUCAACAUAAAUGACUUCAUCGCGACCUAUCGAGGCAGAGAACUGCCGAGGUCUGAUCCGAGGUAUCAGCCAUUCCACAGCGAGAAAAUAUACGAGCUGAGUCUGAUGUGCCGGAGUGGAUUUGGAGAGCAGAAAGGCGACUUCGAGCUGGUCAUUCAGGGCAUCUCGCGUUGGCGAAAGGAGUCAAAAUCAAAGGCGAUUGUCAGCUUCUUUUCAAGCAUAUGGAAUAGAGCGACGAGGUGGAUCCUGUCUUGGUUCUCGACAGAGGGCAAGGUCCAACUUCAGGACGAGGAGAAACAGGGCCUGUUGGAAUGA